CGCCACACAGUCUUACAACAGCUCUUCCUGUCACCACACAGAGAAACUAGAGCAGCGAGCAGAUUUACAUCGCACUCACAUGGUGUCCAACCACCAGGACUGGCUAAAGCGAGGGGUUUUUGUGCUGGACUUUAAUUCCUGGAUUACGGUAGCAUUGUGGAUAUGGGAGGCAGAGAGGAGGUAAUGGUGAGCUGGAUUGAGUCCAACAUGCAGUUUCCACACACCAGGUUGAACCGAUUCAGGUUCCGUCCUUCAAAAGGUCCAGCGAGGAGCAAACGCACGAAGUCCUCCUCCCAAAAGCAGAAAGUCAGAAAUCCCAGCCCCACCGAGAUGAGCGUGGAGCCCUGGGCCAGCCCGCAGGACCAGGCAGCUGCUGAAGACACACAUACCACACACUCGGCAUCCUCCCAGGAUCAGGAGCAGCACCCCGACAAACUCUGCCUGGACUCGUUCUGGAGUGAGGUGGAGACCAUCAGACAGGGGAGUGGCUACACAGACCUCGACUGCACCAGGAGAGACUCCAAACAGUCAGAAGAAGGGGAACAGGAGGAGCAGUGGCUGGCUGAUGCUGGUUUGUCAGACCUGAUCAAUGAGGAUGGCGAUGAUGUAGAAAAAGCUGUGCUUCUGUCCACUCUGACCCGGACCCAGGCCGAGGCCGUCCAGCGUCGACUAGAAUCCUACACACUGUCCCUACGUAAAAGGAACAAACCUCCACCGCGGGACGUACGAGACGUCUUCAACUCGCCCAUCGCACAGAACCUCCUCCCUGACGCCCAACAAAGUGAAGACGUAGCCCAAGUCAGCAUGGCGUCCGUUAACAAAUCACCACUGUCAGCCGUAACCCCAGAGCAUCAGCGAGGUGCUCCCAAAGAAGAAUUCUUCAUCACUGAUGUGGCUUACUGUGAACAGGCCGUCAUCUUCCUCAAACAGGCCAAACUGCCACAGAACAAAAUCCUCCGCAGGAAAGAGGAUGGCACUUUGCCGCGGGUCAUCUGUCCCAAGUGCCGUCUAGGAGUGACUCGUAUUCAGGAUCUCUCCCACACUGACAUGAAGAAGGUGCGUCAGUUGGCUCUCAUCGACAUGACGGCGCUGUGCGACCUCUUAGAGCUGGAGGUCAAAAGGCAUAAAACUGGCAAGAGAAAAAUCGCAGAGAGUUCAUUCUUCGGAGUGCCGCUGGCAACGCUGCUGGAAAACGAUCAGAAAAUAAAGACCAACACGACGACUCCUCUCUUCCUGCAGGGGUUAUUGUCGUUUUUAGAGAAGAAAGGAGUCGAUUCAGAGGGGAUCCUGCGGGUUCCAGGAUCUCAGUCAAGAAUCAAGCUGCUGCAGCAGAACUUUGAGACAAACUUCUACUCGGGGCAGGUCAGCUGGGACGAGGUGAGUCCAAACGACGCUGCUGCGCUUCUCAAGAAGUUUAUCAGGGAACUGCCUGCUCCUCUGCUCACUGCCGAGUACCUCAACACCUUCAGCGCCGUCAGAGACAUCACAGACCUGAAGCAGAAGCUCCACAUGUUGAACCUCCUCAUCCUGCUGCUGCCCGAGCCCAACAGGAACACACUGAAGGCCCUCCUGGAGUUCCUCAGUAAGGUGGUCUCCAGGGAGAAGAGGAACAGGAUGAACCUGUGGGCCGUGGCCACCAUCAUGGCUCCAAACCUCUUCCUUCAUAAGGCCGUCCCCAGCAGGCUGACGGAGGGCGCAGAGAAAGGACACGCAGAGAAGGCAGCUGAUGUUAUGAGGCUUCUCAUCCGUUACCAGGACCUGCUCUGGACGAUUCCUAAUUUCCUCAUGAACCAGGUGCGCAAAAUGAACGAAAACAGUAACAGGCGUUAUCAGUUCUACGAUCGCCGCAUCAAGAACCUGCUGAGGAAGAUCCACACAGACAGCCGGGAAAAACCUGAUAAAAACACCUCAGAGCCGUGCCGUACAGUGAAGAUCCAGGUUGGGGAUCAGGUGAGCGGUACAAUGGAGUUCAAGCUGAACAUCAACUCCCGAGCUUCAGACCUGCUCGCCCAGUUUCACCGCCAGUGCCUCCGCAGCCCAGAGAACGGAAAGGGCAAAAUGCGAAGCAGAAACGGCUCGGUGGCAUAUCCAGACUGCGCUCUGUAUGAAGUGGGAGGAAACAUCGGUGAGCACUGCCUGGAUCCAGACACACAUCUUCUGGAUCUGUAUAACAGUAACCACGGAGGAGAGUGGGUCAUCAAGAUGAAACCCAACGCCAGCAGAGGGCUGUGAAGGACAAAUGGACAGAUUGGUUCAAAACUUUCCAGAAGGACAAAGGAAGGACCUACAAAAGAUGAUAUCAACUCAGGCCUCUGUUCUGAUCCUCCUCGGAGCAACAAGCAAGCAGGAGACAGAUGGAGGAAGCAGAAACAGAUAGAUGGAGAUUCUGCCAGGAGCAGAAAAACUGUCUAUGAUCACAUGAACACACACUGCCCUCUGCCUUUCUCACUCUCUCUCUCUCUCCUCUUUUCUUCUCUUCUCUCCAUCCUUCCUCUCCUGCAUUACUGCGGGGCUGUGAGCAAAAAGCUGCUGACGUGACUUAUUACUUCCAACAGAGAACCUGCUGCACAGAAAAGAAAGGCGAGAGUGAACGGCUGGGCAGUUAUAUUUGCCUUUUCUUUUUUUCAUCUCAGACCAUGACGAGCAGAUGGGGAUGCAGAGCACCUCUGGCUACAGAGGGCUCAAGUCCCACCCCCACAUUCUCAGGCCAGCUCGACAAUGUGAUUCACGUUGUGAGUUUCAUUUGUUAGCGUUUUGCAGAAAGGUGAAACAUGAUACAAAAUUAGUAUCUUAUUCCUCAUGUGACAACAUUGCUCCUGAGAUUAAAUUUGAUUUGUGACCUUGGAGACAUUGUUCUGCAACUUCAGUCAUGUGUUGCAACUGCCUAGCAUAGAAAUGGCAGAUUUAUGGGAGUUGUAGUUGCUGAAAGCUAACAGUGACUUUACAUGACCAACCACCAAUCAGUGUGUCUAACUACACUUAAGAAACCAGGUUACAUUGGUUACCGUAGACUGUGUUUCCAACAAUCAGAUUCCUGCCCUGAGUGACGAUCCUGCAAAUACAACUGACUAGAAGAAGGUUGGCUCACUUUGUCUCCCGUCCAGUUUGUGUUCAGAUGGAAUAAUUAUAAAUAUAAAAACUCAUCCCUUAAAAAAGACCGACUGCUUUCCCUGAAAAAGUCUAAAAGAAGCUCCUUUAAGUGUAGACAUGCAGGAGACAUGUACCAUUAGAAAUCAGGUAUCUCAUAUCCCUCUUACAUAGUUACAGAAACCUGUUUUCCAAUUUAUUUAACAUGAAAAAUAUGUAAACAUUGUGAAUGCAUGAAGUUUCCAUUGAACCUUAAGAUUUGGACAGAAAUCUUUUGCAUCAUGUCUUCCUUUUCUUUCCUUUUUAAAAAAAAAAAAAAACAUUGACUGUCCAGAAACCAGUAUUUAAUGAAAACAUCCCAAGCUAACCUGAGAAUGGAGCGGGCAGCUCAGUUACUAACUGAACAAUCAGUAAAUGAGCUGACCGAUGCUCCUCCGUUGCUCUUCGUCCUCCGCUCGCUGCUCUCCCUGUCGACCUUUUCCCAGCCCUUACUCUUUGAAUACAAAGAUUGCUGUGUAUCCGCCCCUUUACUUCUUCCGUGCCAUUCAAAGAGGGAACACCAAGAUGAACUGAGCUCCUCUCUUAUCUGUGAAAUCUGCGUUCUCCUGGGCCUUAUAAAAAAACAAUCCAUGGACUUCCAAGGACCCCUUACCUGAAUAGAACGGCGCUCAAAGAGUGUUUUUUUUUAUAAACUGAGGGAUUUGGUGUCACCAGCUCAAGGACAGUCGCUGCACCUCUAAAGGGAGAUGUCUAGGACACACAGUGAAGCUGGUCUUCAGUUCUCAUUUUUAAACACACAAAAGUGCUGAAGUGACUCUUUGGGGGAGGGGGAGGGGGAGGGGGGGGGGGGUAAUGGGAUUAUUGUUAUUUAUAUGAAUGUAAUACCACUGUUGCUUCCGUAUUUAAUGAGUGUUGUAGGCUAGACAUACUUUAGGAUAAUGUGGAGAUGAUGCUGAGUUCAUUAUUACAGUGUGUUGUGAUCAGUUGCCCAUACUCAGUGUGGGAAUUUGCAGUGUUCUUGUGCAUAUUUCUUAUUAUACAUCGUUUUUUUGAUGAAUCUUGUUACAUUUUUCCCUCCUAAACAUUACAGUAAGAUAAAUGUUGUAAAUAUACUUCUCAUUUAUACUCUUUAUUGUGAAAAGAAAGUCGGACUGUUUCAUUACCUUACUACUCAGAGUAUUCCAAACACACACACGAGCAGUUAAUGAAUGUGUUCAGCACCUCGUGCCCUUCGUCAUAUGUGAACCAUUUGCUCCUCGCAGUCGGAGCCAUGUUGGGGCUCCGUGGCCAUUUUGUGGGAAACGAGUCGCACACUCUUCACUCAAUAGACGGAGUGAGGACCGCCGGUCUGAGCACUGACAUCCAUCAACACCCUCCACUCCGUCUCUGUCACCUUCCCAAUGAUGGACCGUAAUGUGCAUCAGAAACACGCCGAGGAAUCAAAUUUCCUUCAUGAAGGAGGAGGUAAUAAAUGGACGUGAUAAAUUCUGCUGCCCUGGACCUGAUGGCAGCAGUAGUGUGUGUGUGUGUGUGUGUGUGUGUGUGUGUGUGUGUGUGUGUGUGUGUGUGUGUGUGUGUGUGUGUGAGCGCGCAUGCAUGUGUGUGAUGAGCUUCAUUACACAGGUCCAAUCGGCAUGUCCCAGGGUCCUGGGCACAGUUCAGUGCCUCAGCACAAAGCGAGCUGAUGAAACUGCCUUCUGCUGACAAUCACGAGAAGUAGGUCACCUCUGAAGCAAAAUCCCAGAGGGCGAGCCCAAACACCCCUGAGGAGCAGAGCACAUGGACACGUUAUUGUCUAAACACACAUGACACCCACACACACAUACAUGGACAACAGGGGCACGAGUUCACACACUCUUACACCAGUUUUUUAUUGACUGUAUUUGUACAUAUGUGAAUGUGUUUGUGUGUGUAUGUGAGAACCAGAGGAAGCUUCCUAUGGGGAAGAUAUCUCUGAACCAGUGUAAUGUGUACAACUACCCAGGGAGACUUUUUAAGAUAAGAUGACGGACAUUUACAGAAGUCUGUUGUGAUGAAAGUUAUGGAUCUCUUAAUGUCUUCAUUAAUGUCUGGCUUUUGUCAUGAAGAUUUUAGACGCCAGUAAGCAGACGGCAGAAUGUAUAUUUAUGCCCUUUACACGAGUCACUGUUUUUAAUUUUCUGUGAAAACACCCCCAGUCUCUGCUGUAGAAAGAAACACCUUUGAAAAAUGUGCUUUUUCUGUCAAUAAAUGUGAAUCUAAUAUUGUC